ACAGAAAUUAUUAUAAAAGAUGAAUUAUUUGAUGGAAAUGUUUUAGAACAUGAAUCAAUUCAAAAUGAAAUCAAGAAUAUUUCAUGUGACUUUUGUGAUAAAAAGUUUGCUAAUCAAAGCAGUUUAAUUGUCCAUAAACGAACUCAUACUGGAGAAAAACCUUUUUCCUGUGAAAUUUGUGGUAAAUCAUUUACUCUUCGAGCUAAUUUAGAAAGACAUAAUCGGGCUCAUACUGGAGAAAAACCUUUUUUCUGUGAAAUUUGUAACAAAUCAUUUACUCAACAAAACGGUUUAGACUAUCACAUACGGACACAUACUGGGGAAAAACCUUUUUCCUGUGAAAUUUGUAAUAAAUCUUUUACUCUUCGAGGUAAUUUAGAAAUACAUAAACGAACUCAUACUGGGGAAAAACCUUUUUCCUGUGAAAUUUGUGAUAAAUCAUUUACUCUUCGAUUUGAUUUAGAAAGACAUAAACGGGCUCAUACUGGAGAAAAACCGUUUUCCUGUGUAAUUUGUGGUAAAUCAUUUACUCUUCGAGCUAAUUUAGAAAGACAUAAUCGGGCUCAUACUGGAGAAAAACCUUUUUCAUGGGAAAUUUGUAAUAAAUCAUUUACUAAUCAAAACGGUUUAGACUAUCACAAACGGACACAUACUGGAGAAAAACCUUUUUCCUGUGAAAUUUGUGAUAAAUCCUUUAAUCUUCGAUCUAAUUUAGUUCAACAUAAACGGACACAUACUGGGGAAAAACCUUUUUCCUGUGAAAUUUGUAAUAAAUCUUUUACUCUUCGAGGUAAUUUAGAAAGACAUAAUCGGACUCAUACUGGGGAAAAACCUUUUUCCUGAGAAUUUUGUGACAAAUCAUUUAAUCAUAAAAGCGGCUUAGACUAUCACAAACGGACACAUACUGGAGAAAAACCUUUUUCCUGUGUAAUUUGUGACAAAUCAUUCCCUCAUCAAAGGGGUUUAGACUAUCA